CUUUAAACACUCACGGUACCCUUUUAACUCAGUGCCUCACUGUUGAUUUUACGAUCUACGUUUGCCUCGUGUUCUGGAGACAUAAUUUACAUCAUUACUGCUCUCACUAAUGGCGGUGAUAAAGUCCGGGCUGUGAGGGCGGGAAACGCGGGAGACUUCCACCAACGAGUCACAGUUAUAAGAAGAGUUUGGGCCAAAAAUACUGUUAUAAAAAGGGAUGAGCACAUCGAUGGCCUGUAAGAGUCCACAUGCAGCAGAUGUCUAUGUGUCUGAGCCUGUGGGCCAAAGCUCAGAGCUCAGCCUGGUGGAGAUGACGGAGGUGGAGUACUUACACCACAUUAUUCAGAGCCACAUUGAUGCUCAGGUGACAGAGACGGACAGCUCGGGCCUUUCACAGCUCGAAGAAAGCUUGUAUGCCGAGCCAGAGAGGCGUCUGGCCUGCUCGCCUCACAGCCCGUUAGUGUGCAGGCCAGAGGGGACUUCAGCGGGGGCCAGCGGCACGGGGCCGGAGGACCUGCAGGACAUUAAGAUGCUGUUGCUGAGCGAGUCGAACACGACGCCUGCCGGCAGCGCCGAUGUGCCAGGCCCAGUGCUGAGCAGAGUCCAGUGUGUCUCCGAAGAGCGGCCCCUGGAGGGGAGACCAAGCCCAGCUGCUCGUGUCUGCCUGGAGAAGAGAUUUUUAUCAGUGCUUUGUCAUUCUACAAACACUUCAGGGAUACCCACACAUGCACAAAUAGAAAAAUGGAGUAAACCAGACAAGAUGGUGAAAAUACAGGGCACGUAUCCAUACGAAGGACGUCUGUUCAAAACGGGUGGACAGCAGUCUGAACUGAUCAUUCCUACAGAGCUGACUGUGAGUUUCAGAGCAGAUAAAGGGCCUGAGUCUGUGAUGAGAGCUCCGCUUGUCAUUUACACGGACACUGCUGACCAGCAAACUGCAGACACACUGAAGACAGCAGAUGAGGCGGUGGAUAAAGCUGCGCACCCCAUCAAGCGCGUCCGCACAAGGCCUCUCAGCUCUUCUAAUAUCAUGCAGGACUCGGAGAACUGGAAGCCGUACGCCGGUAUGUCCGGGACUAAACGUUGCAGGACAAGACUUCUCAUGGACCGAACUCAGCGAAAAGAAGUACACAACAGAAAGGAGCGCGAUCGCAGGAGAAGAAUCCGUCUGUGCUGUGAUGAGCUAAACCUGCUGGUGCCGUUCUGUUACGCUGACACUGAUAAAGCCACCACACUGCAGUGGACCACAGCCUUCCUCAAAUACAUCCAGGAAAUACAUGGAGACCGACUCAAGCAGGAUUUCCAGAGCACUUUCUGUGGCAAGACUGGACUGCGGUUGAAGCCUAGUUGUGUUUCAGUGGCACAUCUCCUCGAAGCCUAUAAAAACACGACAGAACCUGCGGAUUCAUCCUCGCACGGCUGACUUCCUGUUCUCGGCUACAGCGUUGUGAAUGUGUGCCUGUAGUUUGUCAUUAAUGUUUUUGGUGUGGGUUUAUUGCAUAAUGCUAGUUCCUCUCUUCCAUUAGCCCAUGUCCAGAAGACCCUGAGCGUUUUUUGUCUUAGACCAGCUCGAGUGUAGAACGAGGCUCAACCCACUGUUCGUUUGAUUUCAAACCCUUGAGACCGGAGAGCAAACCCUACUGUAAUAUAGUUCACAGAUUUAGAGAAGUUGUGCUGUGUAUUUUGGUUUGUGUUUUUAUGCCUUGUUAGUUUGAAAGUCAUGAGCAUUUGUUGUCUCAAUACAUGUUAUUUUUUAUUUAAUAGUGUACUAACGAAUGUUCAGAGAAAUAUUUUACUGAAAAGUGGCUUUAUUCAGUUUUUCUUACAAUACCAUGCUGUAGAAACUCACUGUACACACAACAGUAACUCAGAAAUAAUAAAUAGUAUUUAAAAUCAUAUUUAAUAGUUUUACAGCACCAUUAUCUAGUGGAUAAGGUUGAUAAAGCCCACAGAUGGCCAGUGACAUAUUUUACAGCAAGUGUGUCUGAAGCAUCUCCAUCGAUGCUUUAAGUUUGUUCCUCAAACAGUGACUUUGAAUGUUAAAAAUUUAGAAACUAAUUGUAAACGUAAGAAUAAAAAGAAUGAAUCAAUCAAAAGAAAA